AUAAUAAUUUCAUUUCGUAUAACAAGAAUAAUUCUCUGCCGCUCCCUAACCCCUCUUUUCUAUCAUGCAGUUUGGUACAACUCUUACUCUAAAGAAUGUUUAUUAGCAUAUUGAUGCAGCUUUUACUCUUUGUUAGGGGUAGGCUAAUGGGGCUUUUAUUGUAACUCAGUUGCAUCUUGUCAAUGCCAAAAAAAAUCACGUGAUAAUUGUAGGUCCAGUUUUACUGAGAGAUAUUUUACCAUAGAGAGUUCUAGAACCUUUACGUCAGUUCUAUUUUUAUUGUCACGUGCAUACUUGUAGGCUUGAGCCGCCAUUUUACUAAACGAGACAGUAGGAAGAUGUCAAAGAAAGUCGAAGAACCCGAUGAAUCUCGACUCUCUAAACCUGGAAAAGAGGAGAUGAAAGAAAAGCAAGAAAAGAAGAUAGAAGAUCCUGUCUCAUCCACAAGUGGAAUGGAGCAAGGAAAAGAAGAGGACUUGAAAGGAAAGCAAGAAAGAAAGAUUGAAGAUCCUGUCUCGAGCACAAGUGGAAUCGAACAAGGAAAAGAAGAGAACUUGGAAUUAAAGCAAGACAGAAAGAAUGAAGAUACGCCAGUGAGACAGAAUAUAUGUAUCGAGGAUGAUGAAAUCCCUUCAAGUCAACGAUGAAAACACCGAUAUCGUAUGGUCAACGAACCGAAGAAGUUAUGAAAACAAAAACAUAGCUU